AUGACGAUAUGCAAGCGUGGUGACGAAGAUGAUUUCGACAGCAAUUGCUUAUCAGAUGAUCUCAAAGAUUUGAUUAAUCGUUAUGCAGGAAGAACAUUCUCAUAUUCAGAACUAUCAUCAGUCGUAACCAAUAUCAAAAUGGAAAACGAUCUAUGUAAACUUCGAUUUCAUCGGAAACUCAUGGAUUAUUGUCGUAAUCAAGUAUUCAUUGGAGAAUUAACAGAACUGAAGACUAUCAUCGGUAUACAAAUGAUCCCCUAUGGUCAAGAUGAUAGCGUUGCUCUGGACGAUGAUGGAAAUCCCAUAGAAUGUACAUCGAAUCCGCAUGAUCUUGGUCAUAUAUUGGAUAUAUUCAAUCAAAGAUUGUCUUUCUCUUACAUACAAUGUCUUAUACACCUACGGCCAAAUGCUAAUUUUAAUCUACAAAAUCUUUUCUUUCAUUUUCUACAUCCAUCAUCAAAACUGCCGUCGACUAAAAAAGGAAUAAUCAGUGGCCCGGCAUUAGUUUCGGUUGGUUCAAAUGAAACGGUUUACAAUGUAUCGAUCAGAUGUCCAUCUGAUUGUACAUGUAUGUGGCUACUAGAUGAUCGAGUUAUUGUUCCACAAGCAAAUAGUUCUGUAAAAUUAAUGUUCAAUGAAAAGAAUGUUGGUAAUCGAACAUUAUCAUAUGUCAAGUACAUUGCAAAUAAACCAACAAUUUUAGCAUCGCUUUCAAUUAUAAUUUUAUGCAAUUCAACAAAAACUACUAUGUCAACAAACGCGACGUCCGUUCUGGGUACUACAACACCAAUUUCUUCUACAACCUCAGCGCUCUCCGAGCCUACACCAACAUGCAAUAGUUGUAAUGUUAACUAUAAAAUUACCCAAUAUAAUUCUUCUGAUGUAAUGGGUUCCUGUGAUCAAUUUUGUAGCUCUUCCGAAUAUGUUUGUAAUAUUACUGCUAAUACUACUUCUUGCAUUACAUCCUAUGAUGAUGGUUCUGUGAAAACUCACCAUCGCCGCCGUCGUGGCAGUUAUCAGCCUCGCACUUUUAACCUUUCUGAUAGUGGUGCAUGCACUGAUAAUCCAGAGUAUUAUUGCUGUUGUAUAUCAAUAUCAAAAAGUAAACUUUUAUUAUGUAUUACGCAUAGCAUGAAUAUGCCUAUAACAUCUCAUUUCAAUUUGAGAGGAACCACCUCUUGGAAUCUUUUAAUCAUUCUGAUUACUGUGCUUAAUAUUGCUGACUCGAUAACUAUUCCAAACGAUGAUGAUAUUAUUACCAUUAAUGUUACAAUGUCGAACGUGACAACAACAAAAGAGGAUCAAUAUGCAUAUGUUCAAUAUCUAUUACCUGAUGAAGAACUAACCAUAAUUGGAUAUUUGCCGUUGAUUAACAUGAAUAUAGUUCACCAUAUGGUUACAUAUGCUUGUUCAAUUCCAGCUUCGAAUAGAUCAUUUUGGUUUGACGGUUUGGCAUGUAUUGGGAAACAACUUAUCGUACAUGUAUGGGCUCUCAAUGGACAACCAUUAAUAUUACCUAAAGAUGUGGGCUUUGUUGUCGGUCGUAAUACACCAUAUAAGUUUAUUAUAGUUAAUCUUCAUUAUUUAUCAAUUGUUACGGAUGAUAAUUCUGGCAAUCAACUUCUUGUUAGUCGAAAGUCACGUCCGUAUCGCGCAGGUAUAAUGCUCAGUGGUACACACCAUUUUCAUCUACCACCUAAAACACAUAGACGAAUGAAUUCAUUGUAUCAAAUACGUGGUGAAAAUAUCACACAGAUCAUCAGAGGUAGUCCACAACGACCUCAAUCAUUUUAUGCACUUCCAUCACAAGUAUCGAUUGAUAAUGGUGAUUAUCUUGUCGGUGAAUGUGUGUACGAUAAUGAUGAUGAUCAUGCUGUCAAUGCUGGACCAUCACAUGAUGAUGAAAUGUGCAACAUAUACGCAAUGUAUUCGUAUAAAUUUGAACAAAUAUUGAAUGAUAGUACAACACGCACUCAACGUCGAACAACAGCGUGUUGGGGUAAUACGGCUGCUCAUAUGACCCGAUUACUUUUUGAUGAUAAUGUCACCAUUACAACUGUACCGUAUGUUAUUCAGAAGAUAAGUCAAAUUAAUAAGAUACAUGCGGAACAGACAAUACAACUGUCGAUGAGUCAUUCAUACACAAAUCCACAAAACACGUCUGAUGCAGCGCAAUCGGAAAAAUUUUCAAUGAACGAGACAAAAUUACCGUGGCUGUUAAUAAUAUCAUGCAUCAUAUUUUUAUCAACGUUGAUUAUUUGGACUCUUUACAGGAUUCUCUGCAAUGGAAUUAUAUCGAAUGAUUGGAUCCAACGGCAAAAAAACUACGAAAUGUUAAUGCCAGAUGGUGCCGAAGAGUAG